UUUUUUGCCGUAUCGUAGGGCGGGUAAGUGUUGGGUGAUGAAGCCCCGGAGGCGGAAAGUAGUGGGUUCGGAGUCGUUGGGGAAGGUGGAAGAAGUACCAGUGACCCUGGCGACUGUGGAAGCCGAGAAGGCGCGGAGUUUAUUUGCAGAACUCAAAAGAGAGGAAGACGCCGUGUCCCUGAGGAACCAGGGUUCUGGGUUCUUCUGGUGGAUACUUGUCGGAUGUGUUGUGAGUGCUGUUCUGAAUGCUGUUUAUGUUGCCACGCUGUUUGAGAACUCGUUGCACUUCUCGCACUUGUCCACAAUGGAGCGGGAGAUGUCUUUGAAGACGGAAAUGGGGUUUUAUUACAAGUUUUACAAGAAACUGACGCGUGAGAAAGACGCGUUCUGGUCAGUGCUGGAGAGCUUCAGAAAUGAUACCGGAACUGAAUUCCCGAAUGUGAUCAAUGCAUUUCAGCGUUUCAACCUUUUUCCCGAGGUUGCCUUGGGCUGCUUGUAUUGGCAAGUCUCAGAUUUCGCGACUGCGUGGAACGUAUCGACCAAAAACUGCUACAUUGUCGACAUCAGUCAUGAUCACGACGAUAACGAGGAAGCUGGAGAAGAAACAAGCUUGGUGACGUGCUCAGGAAUCGGGGAGCCGAUGCAUUUUUACGUUUCUGUGGUUUGGUGCUUGGCGGGGCUCACUGCUGCUGGGAUCUUCGCCCUGGGUUCCAUUUUGAGUUCGUCGUUGUGUGGUGGAGUCUUCGCCGUGUGGAGCUUCUUUUGCAAUCAUACUCAUGUAAAGUACAAGGGUUGGAUGGACACCAACUCUGAGGGAGAGCUUCGGGUACCCAAUUUUUUUGGUGUACCUCCUUUUGUUGACGCUUUUAAUGAAAGCGAGGCAUCAAAGAAUGCUUUUACAGCCACUCCUAUUGGUCAGUUUAUCCAUAACGGGAACCUUGUUUCUGCUGGUGUGGCAGUUUUCCCAGUUCGCAAUGGCAGUCUGCAUUUGGAUACUCUUCCUGCUUCACAGUUUUGGUACUUUGAGGCCAAGAGACAUUUAUCCAUUCCUGAUCUCCCAAGCGUGGGUCUGACGUACUUGACCAUGCAUGGCAACGUGAUGAUACUGAGUGGGGUGCUGACUGCCUCGCUCCUGGCAAUGGUUUCCCUGGGUGCUACCCUUGGCCCAACAUUGCGCAAGUACUUGCCACCCAUGUCUGCUGCGGUGGCGCAAAUGGGUUUCGCUUUGAUAAAUACAGUCGGGUUCAAAAUUGAGCUGGGAAACUAUCUGGGGACCAGUGGAAGAGGCGAUGACUCACAUGUGUUCAACUUGCUGAGAGCAAAAAUUGCAAACUAUAAGGAUUUUGACACACUGCUGUAUCUUGGGCAACCGGAGUUUAAACAGUUGCCUGGUGCUACUUGGAAUGAUCUCUGUUCCAGCUUGUUGAUUCCGGUUGCGCUUGGAGUCGCAAUGCAUUUGGUUGUAUUCAGAUGGGGAAAAGUGAAGUAUGCUCAACUUAGAGCUCGAUUCGAAAACGCUCAAAACGACUUGAAAAAGCAAGAAAACGAUCCAGAGGCUUCAAAGAUUCCACAGGAUUUGUUCGGAGACAUGGAAAUUGUGGAACCAAUCAAAGCAUUUCAUAUUUGCCUAGCCUUAAUGUUCGGAGUAAUGGCUGGAGCCAUAAUGAGACUCAAGUUGUUUUUCACUCCCCAACUUUGCCUAGUAGCCUCACUGAUCACUGGGACGAGAUUUUUACCUGAACGGAUCAGAAGUAAAAGGAAAGGCUUGUUGGUAGCGCUUUUGUUUGCAAUGACAUUCAAGGGAUGGGAUGGCAUUCAGCAAGCAUUGAAAAUGACUGGAGAAGGUUGGCACACCAGAGGUGAGAAGGACAUGCUUCAGUGGAUCAUGAAAGACACUCCUAAGAACGCAUCGUUUGCUGGUGACAUGGUCACUAUGGCUGGGAUUUCUUUAGUUGCGGAACGUUUGACCGCAAAUCAUCCGCAUUUCGAAGACUUCGCUUUGAGAAGACGCACUGAGGCUAUUUAUCAGGCAUUCAGCAGACGAUCGGAGAAAUUGUUGCACGCAGCAUUGAGAAAUAUUUCCGCUGAUUUCCUCGUUCUUGAUGCUGUGCAAUGCCUGGAAUCGCGUUCUGUGAAGGGAACAUUGUUGUCUUUGUGGGACCAGUUGGAGCCGGAGUUGGUUGGAAAGCGACAACCGCUGUGUCCCGCGUUGUACGACGGAAAAAUUGGCCCAGGAUUCAGUCGGGUUUUUUUGAAUGACGAGUACUCGAUCUUGAAAGUGAAUAAUUUGUAGGAAAUUUACUUCCACGUACGAGCCGUAAUGCAGCCAAAGUAUUGUUACGUGUUCUAUAUCUUGGUUUAUAAUAAAGCCGAAUGAACUGUU